CGCAGAUCCGCUUUCCUUUCCUUGAGAGUUAAGAUGGCGGACCGGCGGCGACGGAGACGGCGCGCCUCUCAGGACAGCGAGGAGGAGGACGAGUCCGCCUCGGGCUCCGAGAGCGGGAGAUCUUCCUCGGCCAGCCGGAAGCCUCGCGGAAGAGAUCCCGAGCCUGUCGAAGUGCCAGUGGAGCGCGUCGCCACUAAAAGAGACGAUGAGUCGGAGUGUGAAAGUGAAGAUGGCGUUGGUGAAGCAGUGCUAUCAGACUAUGACAGUGCUGAUCUGGAGGAGAAUGGAUCGCACACGGAGGGAGGAGAGGAUGAGGAGGAAGGAGAGCAUUUUAGUGACGACGAAGCCUCACGUCCUGCUGCAGAACCAAAGCCCGCUGCUGAUGCUCCGACAGAAGAGCUUGUUGAAGCGGAAGAGAGAGAGAAAGUUGUCAAGGAAGUUAAAACAGAUGAGAAGGAGAAUCUAGCCGGGGAGCGACAGAGUGGGGAUGGACAGGAAAGCACAGAGGACCCUGAGAAUAAAUCAGGAAGUAAAGGCCAGAAGCUGGAUGAUGAUGAGGACCGGAAGAAUCCAGCUUACAUCCCCCGAAAAGGCCUUUUCUUUGAGCAUGAUGUGAGAGGCCAGGCUACCGAGGAGGAGAGGCCUAAAGGCAGACACAGGAAGUUGUGGAAGGAUGAGGGCCGAUGGGAACACGACAAGUUCCGUGAAGAGGAGCAGGCGCCAAAAUCCCGCGAAGAGCUUAUCGCUCUUUAUGGUUAUGACAUCCGCAACGGCGCAGGGCAGAGUGAUGGACGAUCGUACCGCUCCCGAAAACCCAGAUAUUCUGGUUCACCCAGUCGGGAGCCUAGGCGCCACCGUGACGGAGAGAAGUCUUUGCGUACAACAUGGCAGGGGCCUCCACCUGGCCACCGCAAUAGCCCUCAAUCUGUUACCCUACAGUCAGGUCCACCUCCUGCUCCCCCUGCAGCACCCAAACCCUCUGGGCGACCCUCGACUCAACCUCCGCAGCGCAGCUUCCAGGGCAGUCGACCCUCGUCCGCCCCCCAUAGGACAGAAGGUCGAGGAUACCCAAAGCCUAGUCUAGACGGCCCGCCACCUCGAGGUGUGCGGCCACAGCCUGGGGAGGGUGAAAGGGGUCCGAGGCUCAGAGGCCGUGGCUCACAUGCUGUUCAUCCUGACCGUAGCCCAGCCGUGGUGGUGGAGGACAUCCGCAGUGAGGAAGAGGAAGAAGAGGGUGAGAUUCCAACAGCCACGACUACAUACACCGCUCACCACUACAAGACGGAGAGAGAAAGGGUUCCGUCACCACGAAAGCAAGAUCCAGGCCAAGUGAUGGACGGGGGCAAUGCAGCCGGUCAGGUGCGAGAAUCGUCUCCACCUCAGGAGAGGCCGGUGGAGAAGAAAUCGUACUCUCUCGGGCGGAGGGCUACGCGAACUCGACCGUCUGAUCUCAGUAAGCAGGCGUCGUUGGAUGACUCUUCGCCCACGGUCCAGCAAACCCCAGCGAAGAGCGAGUCGUGGCAAGAGCAAAGUGAAGCAGGAACACAAGGUGGAUUAACAGGGCUCGACCAGGACCUGGCCCGCCUUAGUCUGGGAGGGCAGAACUGGGCCCAGAGCCCACCCUCAUACCUGCAGGCUGAGAUGAGAGGCAUCCGUGGAUCCAUGCACAUGGCAGGAGGCCCUCCACAGUACGGAAACAUGGAGGAUCUAGGUGUUGGUGGUGGCCGGGCUAAGCGGUAUUCAUCACAGCGCCAGAGGCCAGUUCCUGAGCCUGCGCCCAUGCACAUAGGAGUCAUGGAGGGCCAUUAUUAUGAACCUAUGUCUUUCCAGGGAACAAUUUAUACGCAUGGGGACAGUCCAGCAGCCCUGCCCCCUCAAGGCAUGCUUGUUCAACCUGAAAUGCACCUGCCACACCCCACCCACCCCGGACACCCAGGCUUGCAUCCGCACCCGUCGGGAGGGCCCAUUCCCAACCCAGCUCUUUAUGCUGCCCCACCCGUUUCUAUGUCACCUGGGCAACCGCCUCCACAGCAGCUGCUACCCCCACCCUUCUACCCUCCACCAGGUGUCAUGACCUUUGGGAACACCAACUACCCGUACCCAGCCGGAGCUACGCUACCUCCAAUGUACCCCAACCCCCAGGCACAGUCACAGGUCUACGGUGGUGUGACGUACUACGACACGAUGCAGCAGCAAGCUCAACCCAAACGUUCCCCGCCGCGACGUUCCUCUCAUCCUGUUACAGUCAGACCUCCCCCUCCUGAGGUAACAGCAUAUUACAUUCAGCAAGGAGAGCUCAAUCAGGACCAGAGCAGAAAUCCCGCUGAGGAAAUCCACUCCUAGCUGCCAGGGGGCGAGGAGGCAACGUGUCCGGACCAGCACCGCUUUUGUAUAAAUUGAAUUCAUCAUUUAGGCUUUGCCUUUUAGUUGUUUUAUUAUUAUUUUUCCGCCUUGCUUAGUUUCACUGUCUUCAUCCAAGGUUCUGUUUGCAGGUGGUUCCUUCCUGUUGUACUUCCAUUCAUAACAAGCGAAGUGUUUUAGCAUUGUUCAGCUAGGAAUGAAAUAUGCAGUCUUGAAACAGCGAGACAUUUGAUUUUUCAUUAGCUGCUGUAUUCCUGAUGCUGACGGACUAAUUGAAAUUAGGCGGCUGGACAUCGAGUGGUUUAGUUGGUUCUCUUUCUUUUAAAUUGCCUUUUGCUGUGUUUAAUUAAAAAAGGAGAAAAGCACCACAACAAACUUCAGUAUGUGAAAAGAUGGACCUGCAUUUUUAAUUGUGAACGAGCGGUUAAGAGUCUGAAAUCAGCCAGCGAACAUCUGUCGUAUACCUUCAAAUGCACAAAUCAAAGACCUUUUUGGGUCAAAUGAAUUCCUUUUCACGUGUCUUGUCAGUUUGAGACCGCUGUAUCAUUCUGACUGCGUAACUUGGCGUGAUGGUGCUAGUCCCACUUCAAAGUGGUCCUGAACCCCUCAAACCUCGUCUUUCCCCGUCGGUCUGGGUGUCCCUUGUAUCUCUAACAUUGUACUGUUGAAUUCAUUACUGUAAUUCUAUCGAAGCGAACUUUGGAUCUUGCCAGAUACUGACCUACUUGACAGUGGAACUCGCUUGAUUAGCUUUCUAUUGUAAGUGUACAUAUUAAAGUAUAUUAAAGCCAGUGGUUUAACGAAUAAUACUAAGAACUAAUCAUUUACGAAAUGCUGUCAAUAUGAACAAAGCAAGCAGGGAAACCUAGCCACGCCUCUUCGACUUUAAAUUCAUUUUUUUAAAAUUAAUAUGCAGUUAUUCGUUUGUUUUUUCUUUUUUAUAAAUAGUUACGUUUGCAAUCGUUUCUUUUGAGGCACACUGUACAGGCAUGCAUGGUUUUAUAGAUAUAUUUCUUUGUGAAAGCAAUUCUAGAUGGUGACUUUGGCUGUGAGCUGUUAUUCUUUGCCCCACUGUGGGAGUGCUAUGAAUGCAUCUUUUUCAAUGGUUCCCUUUAUGAUUGUUUCCCAAAUUAAACCUAACAGUAUAACUGAGAUGUCGUUGUUCCCUGCGUUGUUUAGACCUGGCUUGUAAAGACUAUUAGAAGAUGUUGUAUUACUUUCUAUGCCUUAAAGAGUUCAUUGGUUUGACAUAUCUGUUUUUGUUUGAUUAGACCUGACAACACUGUGAGGGCUUGUAUGUUUCAUAGAUGUUUGAAUAAUAUUAAGUGUUUCAUUUUUUUUUCCCAAUUUGUUUUGUGGAGCAAUGUCAGGAGAUGAAAUUAAACGAGAACUAAAUAUAUCA